AUGAGGAAAAGGAGCUUGGCCGGUAAUUGUGGGAUUAUUGUGUUUCUGAUUGCCCUUGUGACUGUGGCAUUGGCAUUCGGUACGCCAAGCUGGCUUGUUAGCGACUAUAGAAUACGAGGAGCUAAAUUGGACAGAUUGGGAUUAUGGAGUCACUGUUUCCGAUCUCUAGCGGAUCCAUUGGAUCAGUAUCAGAGACGGUUCUUCGUUGGAUGUCGCUGGGUGUACGACCCCUUCACUACCGGAUACGAUAAAAUACGCGGCUACUUGUUACCAGGUUUCAUGAUAGCCACGCAGCUGUUCUUCACAUUAUGCCUCAUCGGUGUCAUGGUGUCAACGGUACUUGUCAUCAUAUUCUUCCUCUGCUGCGGCCCGACUCAGAAUAGAUUCGUUAUGAUCAUAAAAUCUAUAGGAUACAUCAUGUUAGCGGCAGGUCUAAGUGGAGGUUUGGCUGUCAUAAUUUUCGCAUGUUUCGGUAACACGGACGGCUGGAUGCCAGACCACGCGAACAAUUACUUUGGUUGGUCAUUCGCCCUGGGCGUGGUUGGCUCCGUAGCGUGUCUCGUCACGGCCGCCCUUUUCCUCACCGAAGCGAACAUUCAGAUGAAGAAACGCAAACGUCUCAAGGAAUCACAGGCUCGAUUCGAACUGGAGACCGAGACUAAAGCUUAA